AUGUUUAAGAGGAUUACAAAACUUUUCAUUAGAAAAUUACCGGAAAAUAUUAAUGCCAGUGAACCUGAAUACAUAACUGUCUGCUCAGGAAGAUUUGUUCCACAAAAUCCCUGCAAUAUAGUAUAUGGAGUGUCAGACUGGGUGAACUCAGUAAGAACUUACAAGUAUGAGUGGUGGAAUUUUAUACCUUUGAACUUGUUUAGCCAAUUAAUACAACCUUCUAAUUUUUAUUUCUUAGUAUUGGCUAUGUUACAAAUUGUUCCAGUAAUAUCUGAGAGUGAUGGUAAUCCCACAAUUUUGAUACCCUUGACAAUAGUUGUAUUAAUCACUGCUAUUAAAGAUGGUCUUGAAGAUAUUGCACGCCAUAAUAGCGAUAGAGCUGAGAACUCAAAGUUAUGUAAUAUUGUUGAUAGAAAUGGAGAAAUUCAAGAGGCUAAAUGGGUUGAUUUAAAGCCUGGUGAUAUUGUAUUUCUAAAAAACGAAGAGCGAAUUCCCAGUGACCUAGUUCUGCUGAGUUGCUCUGACAAGUUUGGUAUGUGUUAUGUUGAAACUGCUCAGUUAGAUGGAGAAUCAUUCCUUAAAACAAAAAUAUGUAUUAAUGAAUUUCAACAAACAUUCACAGAAAGUAAAUCAUUUUCUAACUAUUCUAUAAAAGUUGAAUAUGGCCCUCCAUCAUCACUUUUGUAUAACUUUUUUGGUGUUGUAAAAGUUAGAAAAAGUCCAGUUAGUGAAAAUUUAGCUAAUAUAACGAAUUCAAAUGAGAGAUCUUGUAUAUCCUUUGAAAAAGGUGUGUCACAGAAAACUUUAGGUAAUUAUAUAAGCAACUCUACAACUGAAAUCAAAUUAAAUCUAACAGAGUAUUCUUUAAGCUCUAACUCAAUAAAUAGCUACGAAAUAUGCCAAUCUGUAUCUAUUGACCAAUUUUUGUGGAGAGGAGCCUCUAUACAAAAUACAUCAUGGGCUUAUGGAAUUGUAGUGUACACAGGUCAUAAUACUAGGAUAUUGCGCAAUAGUAGCAAACAGCAACGACUUAAGUAUAGUCCAUUAAGCCGCAUGUAUCAGCAACAUGCCAUUUUGCUUGCCUUAAUACAAAUAACUAUCUGUUUUAUACUAGCUCUUUUAUCCUCUAUCUAUGGAGAGAAUUCUGCAAUAUAUAAUCCUAAUAAAGUAACGAAUGGUAGAUUAUUUAUAAUCAAUAUGUUGAUUAGUUUUGCAGUUUAUACACUGCUUCUAAGCUAUUUUGUUCCUAUUACACUUUUAGUUCAGUUGGAAAUUAUCCGUUUUAUACAAGGUUUUUUUCUUCAUGAGGAUAAAGAAGCGAACGAACAAAGUGAGUCCUUAUGUGGAGUUAAGAGUCGCUCACUUGUCGAUGCAUUAGGUUGUAUAACCCAUAUAUUUUCAGAUAAAACUGGUACAUUAACAAAAAAUUCAAUGCAACUUUGUGGCAUUAUAAUUGCUGGAAAAAAUUUCAAGUUGUGUAAUGCCAUGGAAGAUAGAUGUCCAACGGAAACAAAAAUAUGUACAGACAAAUACGCAUGUAUAGAUGAUAUUGAGAAUAAUAUACCAAAUCCUUACGUUAAUUUUAAUGCAAAAGAAAUAAGAAAUUUUAUGUUAAGUUUACAUAGGAAAAGAAAAAAAUUUCACUUAGCUAGAGAUUUUUGUUUAAAUCUUGCAAUAUGUCAUAAUGUUUUACCAAAAGUUAAUGAGGCUCCAAGAGAGCAAGAAACCAGUACAAGUACUUCGGGAAGUUAUGAGAAAUCGAUACAUAUAUCAUCUAAACUUUCCCUCGUAUAUCAUAAAUUUUCCAAAGAGGCAAAUUUCGACGCUUCAUCACCCGAUGAACUUUCCUUAGUAGCUGGUGCAAAACAUAUUGGCUUAGAAUUUGUUCAUAGACCUUCAUUAGACAGUAUUGAAAUCAUUAUUCUGGAAGAAUCACUCUACGAGAUGUUUUUUACAAAGCAACAGUGUAAGCAUAUUUAUAAAGUUAAAAACAAGAUAAUAGAGUCAUACUCAGAUUAUAUCGACAAAUUUUGGUGUCCAUGCAUUCGUGUUAAUAUACUGGAAACUUUCGAUUUUGAUAGCGAUCGUAAGAGAAUGUCCGUAAUUAUUGAAGACAACUGGACAAAAUAUGAUCAAUCUUACAAAAAUAAUCAAGCUGGAGGUCUGCUACUAAUUAAGGGCGCAGAUUCAUCGAUGUUAAGUAUUUGUAAGUUUGGACAAGAAGAGGAAAUUGACAAUAUGUCACAACAAUUAAGAAAACUAGCAAUGUGUGGGCUGAGAACACUUGUUUUUGGGAGUAGGAGAAUAGACCCAGACCUAUUGCAAGAAAUAUUACUAAAAGCUAAAGAAGCAAAGAUGUGUCUAGAUAACACUAAAGAGGAGAAAUUAAGGCUCACAAUUGAAGUAGUUGAAAAAGACAUACAAUUGUGUGGAUGUACUGGGAUAGAGGAUAAACUCCAAGAACAAGUUCCAGAGACAAUUGCAGAUAUCAAAUCAGCGGGAAUAAAACUAUGGGUUUUAACAGGUGAUAAAUUAGAGACUGCAAUAAGUAUUGGGUAUAGCUCAAGUAUUUUAACAGAAGGUACGUAUAAUAUCAUUAUAUCAAGUACGGAUAAUCUUAUUAUAGAAGAUCAACUUAGAAGUGAACUUUCAAGAAUUCUGAGACUUCAGCUUAAAAAUGAGUCAUUUAGAAAAGUUCUAAGGGUGCACUUUUUACAACAAAGUACUAAUAAAACCGAAGGAAAACUAGGCAUUAAAUUUUUAUAUGCGAUAAAUAGUAGAUUAAGGAGAUGGUUAGUAAGUAGAAACUCAAGUGCAGUAAAUUGUCAAUUAGAUCUCAAGAAUCACUGCAUUGGAAAUUUGGGGGAUACUGAGAACACUUCAGUUGAACCUUUAGAUAACAGCAUUAUUGAAGUUUACUUAAGGCAUAUGUACUCAUUUCAAUUUGAAAAGUUGACAGUAAGUUUGCUAAACGAAGCAAAAAGUGGAAUUAGUGGCAACUCCCCUUUACAAACUUCACAAAUUAUAAAUAUAGAGAAUUCGGAUAUUUUGGGGCCGUAUUAUCAUUCAAUUGCUAUUACAGUAACAGGUGAAUCGCUCUCAAUUUUAUUCUCAUCUGAUAAUUUAAAGCAGUUAUUUUUUGGAUUAGCAAGAUUUUGUUCUUCAGUGAUUGUUUGUAGAGCUACUCCACUUCAAAAAGGUGACAUCGUGGAUUCUGCUAAAAAAUACAACAAGGGGAUAGUAUCACUAGCUAUUGGUGAUGGAGCUAAUGAUACUAAUAUGAUUAUAACUGCAGAUGUUGGCAUUGGAAUAACUGGAAAAGAAGGGUUACAGGCAGCCUCUGUAUCAGACUUUACAAUUGGAGAAUUUAGACUGAUUAGAAAACUUUUGCUUUGCCAUGGUCACGAGAAUUUAAGGCGUAAUUCGGACCAUGUAUAUAUAACAAUUACAAAAAACGUAAUUAUGGGUCUUGUUGAUUGCUUCUACGCAUAUUUUUGUAUUUUUAGUGGUACAGAUAUAUUUAAUUCUUGGAUAAAACAACUUUAUAAUUUAUUAUUUACGCCUAUAGCUCAUAUUAUUGUUGCGAUAUUUGAUCGAAUGCUUCCACAUUAUGUUUUAGCAAGGAUACCAAGCUUAUAUCCAGUCUGCUUACCUAGAAGUUACAAAAAGUAUUUCGGCUAUAGGAGAUUUAUGCUUUGGAUUGCACUUUCUAUAUGGAGUGUUGUUGCUCUUACUUUGAUCCCUCUAUUCACUCUUGGAAGUAUUAUAUCGGGAGGUGAAGGAGGUGGCAAAAUAUUACCUAUGAAAAUCUAUGGGCAAAUCGUUUUUAUGACUAUUGUUAUAGCAGUGAAUUUGAUGAUUAUCCCUUUAACUCAUACAUGGUUUUUAUUUGUUUUUAUCUCAAUAAUCAUUGGACCUAUCUUCUUUAUAAUUGGGUGGAUCGUAUGUCCAUCAUCAUUUUGCCCCAAUAUAUAUGGGAGUUUCAGGUUAGUUCACCUAAUACCACAGUAUUAUCUGGUAAAUUUUGUUUCUAUAUUUAUUUCCAUUCUUCCUCAAAUAAUAUUCUGGUUUGGAGAAAAAGUACUAAAUCCAAGCCCUAUAGCUAUAGUUCGCGAAAGAGUAGCUCAGGGAGUAUGUGAUACGCUUGUCAGCAGGAGCAAAGGAGAAAUUGUUAUCCCUUGUAGGAGUAACAAACAGUGGAAAGGCUAUGCCUUUGCUGAUUCCUCGUCACGUUGGGUUAAGCAGCGGGAAGUGUUAGAAAAUAAAAAGUCACUUAAAUGUCUAGAAGAGAAACUACUCUGUAGUUGA